UGUGAUAGCAGCCAGGCUUGGCUCUGAAGCUUGACUCGUUGUUGUAAGGUGGACUUACUUCGAUACGUUGCACGUCUCUUAUCAAGUGGUUUUAACUGAGUAUCAUUCAAGAUGACGAGCCAUGGAUUGUCAAAAAUUAGCAAUGAGGAGAGGGAGAGUAGAUUUGGCUAUGUGUAUGCAGUGUCUGGUCCUGUUGUCACUGCUGAGAAAAUGUCAGGAUCAGCUAUGUAUGAACUGGUCAGAGUAGGAUAUUAUGAGCUGGUAGGAGAAAUUAUUCGUUUAGAAGGUGAUAUGGCCACCAUUCAGGUAUAUGAAGAAACCAGUGGUGUAACCGUAGGAGAUCCUGUACUACGUACGGGCAAACCACUGUCUGUGGAAUUGGGUCCUGGUAUUUUGGGCAGCAUUUUCGAUGGUAUCCAGCGUCCCCUGAAGGACAUCAAUGAACUUACAAACUCUAUUUACAUACCAAAGGGUAUCAAUGUACCAGCUCUGUCAAGAACUACAAGUUGGGAAUACAAUCCAUUGAAUAUAAAGAGUGGUAGUCAUAUCACUGGAGGAGACUUGUUUGGUGUGGUUUAUGAGAACACAUUAGUAAAGCAUAGAAUGAUUUUACCCCCAAAAAGUAAGGGAACUGUAACUUAUGUUGCUCCUCCUGGAAACUACACAGUUAAUGACAUUGUAUUAGAAACGGAAUUCGAUGGCGAAACGCACAAAUACUCUAUGCUUCAGGUAUGGCCGGUACGUCAACCUCGUCCUGUCACUGAAAAAUUGCCAGCUAAUCAUCCUUUACUUACCGGUCAACGAGUCUUGGACUCGCUCUUCCCAUGUGUCCAAGGUGGAACUACAGCAAUCCCAGGUGCCUUUGGUUGUGGUAAAACCGUAAUUUCGCAAGCUUUAUCCAAGUAUUCCAACUCUGAUGUUAUUAUUUACGUCGGAUGCGGAGAACGUGGUAACGAAAUGUCUGAAGUACUUCGUGACUUCCCUGAACUAACUGUAGAAAUCGAUGGUGUUACUGAGUCCAUCAUGAAGCGUACUGCUUUGGUCGCUAAUACCUCCAACAUGCCUGUAGCAGCUCGUGAAGCAUCUAUUUACACCGGUAUCACUCUCUCAGAGUACUUCAGAGAUAUGGGUUACAACGUUUCCAUGAUGGCGGAUUCAACAUCUCGUUGGGCCGAGGCUCUUCGUGAAAUUUCCGGUCGAUUAGCCGAAAUGCCUGCAGAUUCCGGUUAUCCUGCUUACCUUGGAGCCCGUCUGGCCAGUUUCUAUGAACGUGCGGGAAGAGUGAAGUGUUUAGGUAAUCCUGAUCGUGAGGGUUCCGUCAGUAUUGUAGGUGCUGUAUCACCACCUGGUGGUGACUUCUCUGAUCCUGUCACCAGUGCAACUCUUGGUAUUGUGCAGGUGUUCUGGGGUCUUGAUAAAAAGCUUGCUCAGCGCAAACACUUCCCAUCCAUUAACUGGCUCAUAUCGUACAGUAAAUAUCUGCGAGCCUUAGACGAUUUCUAUGACAAAAACUUCCAAGAAUUCGUUCCUCUUCGAACGAAAGUGAAGGAAAUCCUGCAAGAGGAAGAAGAUUUGUCAGAGAUUGUACAGUUAGUUGGUAAAGCAUCUCUCGCCGAGACGGACAAGAUUACUCUGGAAGUUGCGAAACUUCUGAAAGACGAUUUCUUGCAACAGAACAGUUACUCGCCGUACGAUCGUUUCUGUCCAUUUUAUAAGACCGUGGGAAUGUUACGAAACAUGAUCGCGUUCUACGAUAUGGCGAGGCAUGCUGUAGAGUCCACGGCGCAGUCAGACAAUAAAAUAACAUGGAAUGUCAUUAGGGACAGCAUGGGUAAUAUUCUUUAUCAAUUGAGUUCAAUGAAGUUCAAGGACCCUGUUAAAGAUGGCGAAGCAAAGAUUAGAGCUGAUUUUGAUCAGCUGCAUGAAGAUAUCCAACAAGCGUUUAGAAAUCUAGAAGAUUAAUUAUCAGAGGCAAUCAUACGAAUAUAAUUUCUCCACGUGAACGUUCAGGAAUCAUAUGCUGGUCAUUUAAGGAUGUCCUGGAUCUGCUGGGGAAAACAUACAUAUAUAAAACAGGCAUUCAUAAUCACGUAUCGCACACUAAAUUGUUAUAUUAGUUUCAAUAUUUAGAGCAUAAAAAUAUUGUACAUAAAAAGUUACAAAUAUAAAGUC